AAAAAUCGAUAUAAUUAAUUGAUAAACUCAGUUUAUGGGUUCUUAAUUUCACAUUAAAUCAAUCAGCAUUGAAAAUUUUCCCCAUUGUCAAUUCACGGUAUAUGGCGGUGGUAAAAUUCCUACGCCGCAACCUGGUCAGUAUAUCUUUCCCGGUUCUGACUGCUACGUUCAUUUACCUCGACUGGAGUCACACUAAGAACUGGAAGUUGCAACAACAGAAAACACAAAACUAAGAUGGCGAUCUUCGGCAUCACCGCGCGUUAUGUCUGGUUCGCUGUACCCAUUGGAGGCUACCUUAUCGGAAAGUACUUGGAUGACCAAGAAACGCUAAGGAUGACUAACUUCAGAGAUAAGUCCAUGCUGUAUGGUGGCACUGUUAAGCCCGGGGACCCUCCAUCUUGGCCUUAAGUUAUUCUCAGUGUAGUGAUUGUCAAUGAAAUUAUGUAAUAAUGUCAAAAUAAAAUAGUUGUAUUCAUA